AUGGCGCGUGUGGUGGAAGAAGAGCGGACAUGGACAACAAGCUCACUGGCACAGAUUGACGACGACUAUCCAGUGAAACCGCACAAACUGGACCUUCAAGGCCAAAUCAAACAACAUCAACAUACUUCCUUGAAGGCAGAUAACAGGGGCAGUGACAAGAGAAAGUUGGCGCGUAUCGUGGAGGCGUACAGUUCCACGGUCCUCACUUUUGUCUUGACUGGACUCUCCGCCUGGACGCGGUAUCGCGAUAUUCUCUCAACCAACAACGUCAUCUGGGACGAGGCUCACUUUGGCAAGUUCGGAUCGUUUUACAUCAAAAGAGAGCACUACUUCGACGUCCACCCACCACUCGCAAAGAUGCUCAUCGGCCUCUCAGGGAUCUUAGCCGGAUACGACGGCUCCUUUGAUUUUGAACCUGGCGCCAACUACCCCGACAUCAACUACCGCUUCAUGCGACUCUUCAAUGCGACUUUUGGAGUCGUCAUGGUUCCGCUGGCGUUUUGGACAGCGAGAGAGUUGCAUAUGUCCCGGACGGCGUCGACGUUUGCGGCGGCGAUGGUGUUGAUGGAUAAUGCCUAUUUGGUGAUCAGUCGAUAUAUCUUGCUCGACUCUAUGCUGUUGAGUUCGAUUUGUUUUGUUGUGUUGUGUUUGGCCAAGUUCAGGAAUUUGAGGGAUCGCGCGUUCUCGGCGAAGUGGUGGAUGUGGUUGUCGAUGAUGGGAGUCGGUAUCGGCGUCGUGUCGAGUAUGAAGUGGGUCGGCUUUUUCGUCACUGCCCUCUACACGGUUGAGGAUCUCUGGGACCUCCUCGGCGACUUGCACAUGACCAUGGCAACCUACGUGAUGCACUGGGUAGCCCGCUCAAUCCUUCUAAUCGCCCUCCCAACAACAAUCUACAUCUCCUGCUUCAUCGCCCACUUCCACAUCCUCUCCAAUACCGGCCCAGGUGACGCCUACAUGCCCUCCCUCUUCCAAGCAAACCUCAACGGCUCCGACUUCUCCAAAAACCCACUCGAAGUCGCUUACGGCUCCUUGGUCACUAUCAAAUCCUCGGCCCAUGGUGGCGGGUUGUUGCAUUCUCACGUCCAGACGUACCCGCAGGGGUCGAAACAGCAGCAAGUGACGACUUACCAUCACAAGGAUCGAAAUAAUGAGUGGAUUCUGACACGGUCGCGGGAUAAGGCAGUUCAUCAUCUGAAUAACCCGCCCAACAAUAAUAACGAGCACUUGCAGAUCUUGAAGAGCGGCGAUAUUCUCCGACUGGUACAUAAGACCACGGGGAGGAACUUGCACACGCACCGGAUCCGCGCCCCCGUGACGACAACACAACUCGAGGUCAGUGGGUAUGGGUAUUGGAACCAAGGGGAUGGGUAUGAUGAGUGGGUGGUCGAGGUUGUUGGGGAGGAUUCGAGGUUGCCCCAGGAUGGGACGUUGAGGUCUUUGACGACCAAGUUCUUGUUGAGGCAUCGGAUUUUGAGGUGUUUGUUGACGACGGGGAUGAUGCCGUUGCCAGAGUUGGGGUUUAGGCAAGUUGAGGUGUACUGUGAUCAGUCGAGUAAACCGGGGAACCUCAAUUCUAUUUGGAAUAUCGAGCGCCACCGGAACCACCGCCGUAAGUUUUUAUCUUGA